AUGGCUUCCUCUUCUUCUUCUUCCGUUUCUCCUAAACUGGAAUAUGAGGUUUUCCUUAGUUUCCAUGGUGUGGACACCCGAGUAAACAUUACCAGCCAUCUAUAUGAAGCCUUUUGUCAGAAAAAGAUUAAAACUUUCAUUGAUGAUAGCCUUGUCAGGGGAGAAGAAAUUUCUCCGUCUCUUUUGAAGGCAAUUGAACAUUCAAAGAUCUCGGUUAUCAUUUUCUCUAAAGGCUACGCUUCCUCCAGAUGGUGUCUCAAAGAACUUGAAGAGAUUGUUAAAUGUAAGAACACGUAUGAUCAGAUCGUAAUACCAGUCUUCUAUCAAGUAGAUCCAUCUGAUGUCAGGAAUCAAACUGGGGAUUUUGGGAAAGCAUUUGCUGAGCUUGAGAAGCGUUUUAUGGAUGAUUCAGAGAUGUUGCAGAGAUGGAGGACUGCUUUGAGGGAUUGA